AUGCUCUUCUUCCUGGACAGAAUGUUGGCAUUCCCCAUGAAUGAAGCUUUUUGUUUCCUUUUGAUUGCCUGUGUUUUCAAUUCUACACUGGGUCAACAAGGAACAGAAAGCUUUCAGUGUGACAAUGGAGUCUCCUUGCCUCCUGACAGCAUUUGUGACUUCACAGAUCAGUGUGGGGAUAGCAGUGAUGAACGGCACUGUUUGAAUUAUGAAAGAUGUGAUUUUGAGGAUGGUCUCUGUAAUAUGGCUGAAGAUCAGAGUCUGCAACCUAGUUGGACAAAGAGAAAUGGGAUGACUGGUCUAUCACCUCCAUUUUGUGAUCACAGUGGUGAUGUGUCUGCUCACUUCCUUUCACUGGUUUCCAGAGUGGAUUCUAUUUCCUCAAGUUUAAGAAGCAGAGUUUUCCUUCCAACAAAUGAUCAAUAUGACUGCCAGAUUACAUUUUAUUACUUCUCCAGCCAAGUGAGUGGCAAAUUAAUGGUUGGGCUUCAAACUGCAUGUGGAGGUCCUAUUCAGCAUUUAUGGCAAAACACAGCUGCACUCCCAAAUCAGUGGGAGAGAAAUGUCAUCAAAAUCCAGAGUUCACAGAGAUUUCAGGUUGUUUUUCAAGGUCAAAUGGUUUCAACUUAUGAACAGGAUGAAGUCAUUGCUAUUGAUGAUAUAUGUUUCAGUUCAGGCUGCUUGCCUGCCAAUGAUGGAAUUUUACUGUGUCAAGAAGCAUUGAAUGCUGAGCAGGAGCUAUGCCAUCCAGAUACAGAUCUCUGCAGAUUUGAUGCUACAGAUGAAGAGUUGAGCUUGUGUCAGGCCUGUGGGUUUGAAUUUGACAUGUGUGAGUGGACGUCAGAAACAUCUGCUGGCCAAAUUUCCUGGAUGCGCACAAAAGCGAGAGAGGUCCCUGCAUUCGAAUCCACACCUCAGCAGGAUCAAGGAGGUGAUGAUGAAGGUUAUUAUGUAUGGGUAGGGGCUAAGCAUGCUUUCACUCUUAACCAUUUAGACAGCAGGGCUUACCUAAAUAGCUCUGUGUGUCAUUGCCUGGGCAAGAGCUGUCAUCUUCAAUUCUAUUAUGCUAUGGAAAGCAGUGUCCUGAGAGUAAGACUGUAUAAUAAUAAGGAAGAAGAAAUAUUUUGGACAUACAACAUAUCAACUCACAGCCAAUGGGUGAAAGCAGAUGUGUUAAUACCAGAAGGUCUGAAGACAUUUAAGAUUAUUUUUGAAGGGACUCUUUUGAGCCAGAGAAGUUUUAUUGGGCUUGAUCACCUCUGGGUCUAUGCCUGUGGACCGGCCCAAUCCAGAAAGCUUUGCUCUGCAGACGAAUUCCUUUGCACUAGUGGCCAGUGCAUCACCAAAGAAUCUGUCUGUGACUCUCGGCAGGACUGCUCCGAUGAGAGUGAUAAAGACCCAGCAAAUUGCUCAAAGCAUCUCACCUGUGACUUUGAAUCGGGUUUCUGCGGCUGGGAGCCAUUUCUCACAGAAGAUUCACACUGGAAGCUGGUGAAAGGAUUGAAUAAUGGAGAGCACCACUUGCCUGCAACUGAUCACACAGCAAACAUAAAUCAUGGAUCAUUUAUUUAUUUGGAGGCACAGCACUCCCCCAGGGUGGCCAAGCUUGGAAGUCCUGUUCUUACAAAAUUGCUCACUGCCUCUACCCCAUGUCAGGUGCAGUUUUGGUAUCAUUUGUCUCAACAUUCAAAUCUCUCAGUUUUUACAAGAACAUCCCUAGAUGGAAACUUGCAAAAGCAAGGCAAAAUAAUCACAUUCUCCGAAUCUCAGUGGAGCCACGCAAAAAUUGAUCUCAUUGCGGAAGCAGGAGAAUCUACUCUACCUUUUCAGUUAAUUUUGGAAGCUACUGUUUUGUCGUCAAAUGCUACUGUUGCUCUAGAUGACAUCAGUGUAUCCCAGGAAUGUGAAAUUUCCUAUAAAUCACUACCAAGGACCAGUACACAAAGCAAAUUUUCCAAGUGUGAUUUUGAAGCAAACAGCUGUGGUUGGUUUGAAGCAAUUAGUGGUGACCAUUUUGACUGGAUAUGGAGCUCUCAGAGUGAACUUUCUGCUGAUUUUGAGCACCAGGCUCCACCUCAGGAUCAUAGUCUCAACACAUCUCAAGGGCAUUUUAUGUUCAUUCUGAAGAAAAGCAGCAGCUUGUGGCAAGUUGCUAAGCUUCAGAGCCCAACUUUCAGCCAGACAGGACCUGGAUGCAUACUUUCCUUCUGGUUCUAUAACUACGGCCUGUCAGUAGGAGCAGCUGAGCUGCAGCUACAUAUGGAAAAAUCUCAUGACUCAACAGUGAUUUGGAGAGUAUUAUACAAUCAGGGCAAACAGUGGUCGAAGGCAACCAUUCAGCUAGGGCGCCUUUCUCAGCCCUUCCAUUUGUCAUUAGAUAAAGUCAGUCUGGGCAUUUAUGAUGGGGUCUCAGCUAUUGAUGACAUCCGAUUUGAUAAUUGUACUCUCCCUCUUCCUGCUGAGAGCUGUGAAGGGCUGGAUCAUUUCUGGUGUCGCCACACUAGGGCUUGCAUAGAAAAGCUUCGGUUAUGUGAUCUGGUGGAUGACUGUGGUGAUCGUACUGAUGAAGUCAACUGUGCACCUGAGCUGCAGUAUAACUUUGAAAAUGGAAUCUGUAACUGGGAACAAGAUGCAAAAGAUGACUUUGAUUGGACCAGGAACCAGGGUCCAACUCCAACACUUAACACAGGGCCAUUGAAAGAUAACACUCUGGGCACAGCUAAAGGACACUAUCUCUACAUAGAAUCUUCAGAGCCGCAGGCUUUUCAAGACAGUGCUGCCUUACUCAGCCCAAUCCUUAAUGCCACUGGUACAAAGGGCUGCACCUUCCGCUUCUAUUACCACAUGUUCGGAAAGCGCAUUUAUAGGUUGGCAAUCUACCAAAGAAUCUGGAGUGACUCAAGGGGACAGCUGCUGUGGCAGAUAUUUGGGAAUCAAGGCAACAGAUGGAUUAGGAAACACCUUAACAUUUCCAGCAGGCAGCCCUUUCAGUUAUUGUUGGAGGCUUCAGUGGGAGAUGGCUUCACUGGAGAUAUUGCGAUUGAUGAUCUGUCAUUCAUGGACUGCACCCUCUACCCUGGUAAUUUGCCAGCACACCUCCCAACUCCACCAGAAACCUCAGUUCCUGUAACAUUACCUCCACACAAGUGCACAGACAAUGAAUUUGUCUGCAGGUCUGAUGGUCACUGCAUCGAAAAAAUGCAGAAAUGUGAUUUUAAAUAUGACUGCCCUGACAAAUCAGAUGAAGCAUCCUGUGUUAUGGAAGUUUGCAGCUUUGAGGAAAGAAGCUUGUGUAACUGGUAUCAACCAAUCCCAGUACAUUUACUUCAAGAUUCAAACACAUUCAGGUGGGGGCUUGGGAACGGGAUUAGUGUUCGUCAUGGGGAAGAAAACCACAGGCCAUCGGUGGAUCAUACACAAAAUACCACAGAUGGCUGGUACCUGUAUGCUGACAGUUCUAAUGGGAAAUUUGGUGACACGGCUGACAUUCUCACUCCUACCAUUUCACUCACGGGACCAAAAUGUACCUUGGUGUUCUGGACACAUAUGAAUGGGGCCACCGUUGGUUCUCUCCAGGUACUCAUCAAGAAAGAUAACAUUACUUCCAAAUUGUGGGCUCAAACUGGACGGCAAGGUGCACGGUGGAAGAGAGUAGAAGUGUUUUUAGGCAUUCAUUCACAUACACAGAUUGUCUUCAGAGCCAAACGUGGUAUCAGUUACAUAGGAGAUGUAGCAGUGGAUGAUAUUUCCUUCCAAGAUUGCUCCCCUUUGCUUAGCCCAGAGAGAAAGUGUACUGCUCGUGAAUUCAUGUGUGCUAAUAAGCACUGCAUUGCCAAAAACAAGCUGUGUGAUUUUGUGAAUGAUUGUGCUGAUAAUUCAGAUGAGACUACUUUCAUUUGCCGUACCUCCAGUGGGCGCUGUGAUUUCGAAUUUGAUCUUUGUUCUUGGGAGCAGGAGAAAGAUGAGGACUUUGACUGGAAUCUGAAAGCUAGCAGCAUCCCUGCAGCAGGCACAGAGCCAGCGGCAGAUCACACUUUGGGAAAUUCAUCUGGUCAUUACAUCUUUAUAAAGAGUUUGUUCCCUCAGCAGCCCAUGAGAGCUGCCAGAAUUUCAAGUCCAGUUAUAAGUAAGAGAAGCAGAAACUGCAAGAUUAUUUUUCAUUAUCACAUGUAUGGAAAUGGCAUUGGGGCACUCACGUUAAUGCAGGUGUCAGUCACAAACCAAACGAAGGUUCUACUUAACCUCACUGUAGAACAAGGCAAUUUCUGGCGGAGGGAAGAACUGUCACUGUUUGGUGAUGAAGACUUCCAACUCAAAUUUGAAGGUAGAGUUGGGAAAGGUCAGCGUGGCGACAUUGCACUGGAUGACAUUGUGCUUACAGAAAAUUGUCUGUCACUCCAUGAAUCCAUGCAAGAGGAACUGGCGGUGCCUCUUCCAACAGGUUUCUGCCCAUUUGGCUAUUGGGAAUGUCAGAAUGGGAAAUGUUAUGGGCUGGAACAAAGCUGUAACUUCGUAGAUGACUGUGGAGAUAAUACUGAUGAAAACGAGUGUGGUAGCUCCUGCACUUUUGAAAACGGCUGGUGUGGCUGGCAAAACUCCCUGGCUGACAACUUUGAUUGGGUUUUAGGGGUUGGCUCUCAGCAAAGCUUAAGACCUCCCAAAGACCACACUCUUGGAAAUGAAAAUGGGCACUUCAUGUAUCUGGAGGCUACUCCAGUGGGCCUUCGGAGUGACAGAGCACACUUCAGGAGUACUAUGUGGCGAGAAUCCAGUGCAUCCUGCACCAUGAGCUUCUGGUAUUUCAUAUCUGCAAAGGCCACAGGAUCCAUUCAGAUUCUCAUUAAGACAGAGAAAGGACUAUCAAAAGUAUGGGAAGAAAGUAAGCAGAACCCUGGUAAUCAUUGGCAAAAGGCUGACAUCCUACUAGGAAAGUUAAGGAAUUUUGAAGUCAUAUUUCAAGGCAUCAGAACAAGGGACCUGGGAGGAGGAGCUGCAAUUGAUGAUAUUGAAUUUAAAAACUGCACGACUGUGGGAGAGAUCUCUGAGAUUUGUCCAGAAACCACUGAUUUUUUGUGCCGGGACAAGAAGUGCAUUGCAUCCCACCUUGUUUGUGACUAUAAGCCAGACUGCUUUGAUAGGUCUGAUGAAGCUCACUGUGAGAUGGUGUCUCAUCCUCCAGAGUACUCCAUGUGGCUUGGGUUUUAUAUAACAUGGCAGUCACAGGGUGGGAGAAUGGAUCUUAUUGCCAUCAAGGACAGCAGUAAUACAUUUGCCCAAGGCAAUCCAGUCUAUUCAAGUCCUUUCCAUGAAUCCCCUCAAAGACAAAAUAUUUUAGGCUUACAGCUGUUUGUAAUGGCUUUCAGGAAACAAAAACACAACUUUAUAGCUUUUCUUACCAAAAGCAUAGCUUACCAUCUUUAUAUACUUGGAUUUAGAAUGGUUUUUCUCAUUAUUUCUAGUAAUUUUAGUUACAUGUAUGAAUUCAACUACUAUUCACUGAGUGUCAAUCACCAUGCACCUGGCUAUGAACAGGCUUUUUCAUUUAAUCCUCACAACAACCUUGAGUCUUUCACGGAAGAGGAAAUUGAUGCUCAGAGAGGGUUUUUUACCUUAGUGAUGUUUAGACAACAAAGACAAACCCUGAUGAUUCUGCUCUAUAUUUCUCCAGCUAUUCGCCCCGUCAAACAAACAGUAAUUUUCAUUUUGCUGCCAAAAAGCAAUGCUGGACUAAGAUUGUAUUUACUGUUUGUUAUAGCUGUAGGUGUCAGAAGCCUUUAUAAAGGGGUGUUGUUGAAAAGAGAUAUUUUCAGUAAAAUAGCUUUUUUUAAAAAAAUAGAUGCAAGUUAUUUGCAUCUUCCAGUCCAGCGUGUAAGGAGCUUGGAAGACAUCAUUCCUAUCAUCAUAGAAGGAAAGAGAACUGAAGUCACAGGCAAACCACUACCCCCAACAUUGGACACGCAGACAGCCAGACACAGAGUAUCACAACUUACCUGGGCAAGUAGUGGUCAGCACUUCCUGUACGUCAUCUCAUCUGGUUCCAAGGAAGGAUCCAUUGCCAGAAUUACUACCUCCAAAUUCUUCCCAGCAAGCCUUGGAAUGUGUACUGUUCGGUUCUGGUUCUACAUGAUCGAUCCCAGGAAUAUGGGAAUAUUAAAGGUAUAUACCAUUGAAGAAUCGGGGCUAAACAUUCUGGUGUGGUCAGUGAUUGGAAAUAAAAGACCAGGAUGGACAUAUGGCUAUGUGCCUCUCUCCAGUAACAGUCCAUUUAAGGUGGCAUUUGAAGCUGAUUUGGAUGGAAAUGAGGACAUCUUUAUUGCUCUUGAUGACAUCUCUUUUACCCCAGAGUGUGUGACUGGAGGUCCUGUCCCAGUGCAGCCAUCACCCUGUGAAGCUGAUCGGUUUUCUUGUAUCUACACACUCCAAUGUGUCCCUCUCUCAGGGAAAUGUGAUGGACAUGAAGAUUGCAUAGACGGAUCUGAUGAAAUGGAUUGUCCUCUCAGCCCCACCCCUCCACUCUGUAGUAACAUGGAGUUCCCGUGCUCUACAGACGAGUGUAUCCCUUCCUUCCUGCUAUGUGAUGGAGUGCCCGACUGCCACUUUAAUGAAGAUGAGCUCAUCUGCUCCAACAAGAGCUGUUCUAGUGGUGCUCUGGUGUGUGCCUCCUCUAACAGCUGUAUCCCAGCCUACCAGCGCUGUGAUGGUUUUGCUGACUGCAUGGAUUUCCAACUUGAUGAGUCCAGCUGCUCAGAAUGUCCAUUAAAUUACUGCAGAAAUGGUGGGACUUGUGUAGUGGAGAAAAAUGGUCCUAUGUGUCGAUGUAGACAAGGAUGGAAAGGAAAUCGAUGCCAUAUCAAGUUUAAUCCUCCUACUACAGAUUUCAUGUAUGCUCAGAAUAGUAUAUGGACUAUCCUGGGUAUUGGAUUAGCAUUCCUGAUGACUCAUAUCACAGUUGCAGUCUUGUGUUUUCUUGCAAACAGAAAAGUACCAAUAAGGAAAACCGAGGGAAGUGGUAACUGUGCUUUUGUCAAUCCAGUUUACGGGAACUUGAGCAACCCAGAGAAAACAGAGAGUUCUGUCUAUUCCUUCUCAAACCCAUUAUAUGGCACAACACCAGGAAGCGUGGAGACCCUGUCACAUCAUCUUAAACAGCAGCAUCGAGACCAACAAAAAAAUCCCUUCACCCACGCACUUCCCUCCACAGCAUUCUUCUUACUGGCCAGCAUAAACGUGGAGCUCAGGCUAAGCCAAUCGCUUCAAAGUCGAUGA